AUGAAUGAAACAGAAGAACAACGUCGGACACGACUCGAACAACAAAGAAAGCUAAGCAAAACCAAUAGACUUAAAAAGAAAUUUGAAAAACAAUUAUAUGAAAACAUUGCUAUUGAUCGAAAUAAUAUUAGGACGCAGUUUUCCAUUGGUCAACCUUGGCCUGAACCAAUUGCUUGUGAGUUGAAAGAAACCCGUUUACAACAGUUUUUAGAACAAAUGUCCAUGCCAAUACUGGCUGAGGUUACUUGCGCAGUUUGCAAUAUCCGUACUCCAGCAAAAGACUCGAAAACAAUACCAGUCCUACAAAUUCCAAAUAUUCAUUUACUUAAAGUUUCUGAAGAGCUCAAAGAUUUUAUUAAACAUUUGAACGAAGGCACUAAAAUCUCCACCAACAACAAUACAGAAACAACAGAACAUACUGAGAAUCCUUCAACGUUUAAUUCGUCAUCGUUUCAUUGUCAAAAACGACGUUAUUUUAUACAAAAGUGUUGUAUCAUAAAAGUUCAUUCCCCUUUUCAUUCAACUACCGCUGCCCAGACAGCAUUGAAAGGAAAUUGCAUUAAUUUUCUUCAAAAUGUACCAAAUAUUGUCGAUAGUUUACCACUCACACUUGACGAUUUAUGUGAUACAUUGAAAGUGAUAUUUAUUGGAGCUCGACCUCCCGAUCGUAUUCAUCUAAAAAAAGUCCUCACAGUGCGUAAGGAAAAAAUUAUUCAAGCAUUACGAUGGUUGAAAAAACACAAUAUACUUUAUCAAAAAGUUAAUAUAAAUCUUCAAAAUAUUAAUCAAUUACCAGAAGACGAUGUGCCAGAAUGCAUUAUGUCAACAUUAGAACAAAAGUUAGAUGAUGAAGAAAUUUCCUCUGAAAGAAUUGGAUAUGUUCCAGAUCCAUUACCCAAUCCAAUAGGAUCUACUGCUGCAGGUACUAUUCCUAUUAGUAACAGUGGUAUUCUCGACGUAAAUGGCACAUCAGUUUGUUCAGAAGAAAUUUCUACCUACGUUUUGAACAAGAUAAAACAUAACGCACACAAGGAUCAGAUAAAUACCGAAAAUGUUUAUUUAAUUCCUCAUUCCUCAGCACCUGUCAACGAAUAUUUCAAUCCGAAAUUAUUAGCAGGUCUGUAUCCAACUUUAUUCUGUUAUGGACUUGAAGCACCUGAAGAUCAAUCACGCCCAGUUAAAGUAAAUUUACGAGAGCACAUUCGAUAUCUAUUAUCUUAUAAUGAUCGCUGUUUCGAAACAAACCACAGUUUUAUAUUUGUGGUUUUUAAUCUGUCGCAACGCCGUGAUGCCUGUUUUCAUGCUCAAUUGAUAGCAACAAAACCUUACUUUCGAGCAUCUGCUGAUGAAAUUCAAUCGUUGAGUAGUAAAGAUAUUGAAAUAGCUCUCGAGAGCAGUUUGAAGCGAACGUACAGUAGUGCAGAAUCAAACAGUACAUUGAACAAGCUUCUCGAACAUAUUAAAACUAUUGGGGGUCGAGUAAUGGGUUCAGCAUAUUCACGAACGGCUUUGCGUACACGAAUCUAUGCACUUAUAUAUAACCAAGGCCUACGCAGCAUAUUUCUUACGAUCAAUCCUGCCGAUAUUCACAGUCCUGUAGCACUGUACUUUGCAGGUGUUGAACUUAAUUUAGACAAUAUUUAA